GAAUGAAGCUUAUGAUUAAUACCUUUUUACAAUUUGUACAAAAAAAGGCAUAUUGCACUAGCCAUAAAAGUAUUUCGUCGAUGCUGACAUCCCACCAUACUGUUUUUAGAAUAUAAAAAAUAUAGUCCAUAUAUAUAUAUAAACAUUUUAUCAUAUAAUCGCAAUGAUGCAGAUAAAUUCGUCAAUUGCACUUUACAUGAUUGUAACACCAAUUUAUUAUUGAUUGAGCAGGCCUGUGAUAAAUAUCCCGUAUCGAUCUCGAAGAACAAGAAGUGCAAAUAUAUUUCUUUGGUGCGAUGGCUGCUAUCGAGGAGAAAGAUGAGAGCAAAGAGGAAUCCAGUGGAAUGAGCUGCUGUGAUAGAGUGAAGUGGUUCAUACAAAAUGUGACCGUGGAACCGCUGAUGCUCUGCUACAUCUUACCCAGCGUGCUGGCGGAGUUGGCGAUGCAAAACUUGAAUUUGGAAAAAGCGUGCAGAGUCGAUUUGCAAUAUGAUAAUAGCACGUGCGAUGCUAUGUACGUUAGGAACGCGACGGGAUACACGAAGGACGAAGAAGCUACGGUUCAGAAACUCGUGGCUACUAUGACAGCCAUCCGGAAUAUCUUCCAGAGCAUUCUUCCUUGCAUCGUGCUGGUAUUCAUAGGAUCUUGGAGCGACAGAUAUAAAAGACGACUUCCGUGCAUUCUAAUUCCAAUAGCAGGAGAGAUAUUCGCAAUCAUUGGAUUCAUUUUGCUCACCUACUUCUUCUACGAGCUUCCGAUCAUCUUCAAUAUUUUAGUGCACGGUAUCAUUCCGGGAUUAUCGGGAGGUUGGGCCGUCAUGUUUAUGGGUGCGAACGCGUACAUCUGUGACAUCUCCAGCAUUGAAACAAGAACCGUGAGGAUCGGAGCCUUGACCAUCUUGUCUAACGCUUCGAUUCCAAUUGGAAUAGCCGUGAGCGGGAUACUCCUGAUGAACUUCGGUUUCUACGUGACUUUCAGCUUUGCGUUGGGUUUGCUGACAAUUGGAUUCUUCUACGGAAUGUUCGUCGUUAAAGAAAACUCCAAGGAAUUCGACUUCAAUAAGAAACAACGUUUUGCGUGUUUGAGAGAUUUCUUCAAAUUCAGUUACGUGAAGGAAACGAUGGUUGUUGCCUUUAAGGCUAGAGAGAAAAAUUUUCGAAGCAGGAUCAUGGUUUGCUUACUUUUGAUUAUGCUGAUCGUGGGCCCUCUUCAUGGAGAAAUGACUGUGAUGUAUCUAUUUUUAAGAUACAAAUUUGGAUGGAACGAAACAGACUACGGUAUAUUUUUAACUGUCCAUUUCUUAAUACAAAUUAGUGGUACUGCUUUUUCCUUGUACAUCCUCUCCAAAAGAUUUAAAAUUCACGAUGCCGUCAUUGGAGCUCUUGCAGCAUUUUGCAAAGUCGUAGCUUGCAUCGUUAUGGCCUUUGCACCCACAGCAAUUUACUUUUAUUUAGGUAUCGCUAUUGAAGCUUUACACGGUGCCUCCUUCGUAGCAAUGAGAGCAAUCAUCUCUAAGCUGGUACCGCCGAACGAGUUAGGCAAGGUUUAUUCACUGAUGGGAGCUUCGGAAGCACUGAUGCCGUUGAUCUAUGGUCCACUUUUCGGAUUGAUUUAUAGACAAACAAUUGAUAUCUUCCCCAGUGCAUUUUAUUUUAUUGGAGCUAUUUUGACAGCGCCAUGCAUUUUCAUCUUUCUGUGGUUGUAUAACCAGUACAAGCUUGAUGAUGCCCAAAAAGAGAAAGAAGUUGAAUUGGCUGUAGAACUUUUAGCAAUAACUGAAGCCGACGCCACCGUGAACACUUAGUUAAUAUAUUGUUUUUCCCUUUAUCUUAAAUCACGAUUAUAUAGUUCAUGAUUCUCUGUGAUAGUAGAAUAUGCUUUUAUAAUUGGG